AUGGGUCAGGCAUGGAAGACGGUUUACAGAGAGCUGGUCUCCAUGAGUGUGUUACAUGGUUUGUUGGUGCUGCCAUGUGUGUUUGCUGUGGCCUCGCCAACCACUCUGUCUAACAUGGACUAUGGCGGCAUCCCCCUGUGGAUUAACCGCAUGCUUGGCGAGCCCAGCGUGCUGAGCCUAGAGGGCCGCUUGGACCCAGCCUGGUACCGAGCAAACAACCCUCAGGCCUGUCCUCAGCAGUGUGACUGCCCCAUUCAGUGGCCUACGGCGCUGUACUGCGACCACAGAGGCCUGACACGCUUCCCUGACUUCCUGCCAGCCACAACUCAGUACCUGUUUCUGCAGAGAAACACCAUCUUAUCCCUGUCCUCACCACAUCUGGCAAACAUUACGGGGCUACGCUGGCUCAUCCUGGACCAUAACCUUAUGAGAAGUGACCAUCUGGACAGGGGUUUCCUGCAAAAUCAGACACACUUGGACUACUUUUUUGCCAAUCACAACCAGCUGAGCUCAAUGCCCAGCAAUCUGCCAGCUGGCCUCAAGCAGCUCAGACUCGCCCAUAACAAAAUCAGCAACAUUGGGCCUGAACUGUUGAAAAACCUGCACAACCUGACGGUGCUGCUUCUGCAAGGAAACAGACUGAAAACCAUGAAAGAGGGAGAGCUCGAUGGUCUCUUCAGUCUAAAGUUGUUGGACCUCAGUGGGAAUUCCUUCUCAUCAGUCCCCAAAUAUUUACCGCCCUCAGUGCAGCAGCUCUAUCUGUCCAAUAACUCCCUCUCUGGGCUCCAUGAGGACGAUUUGGUGGGAUUUGUUAACCUCAGGCACCUUCGUUUAAGUCACUGCGGCCUGCAGAGCCAUGACAUCCACUGCCAGGCCUUCAACAUCUCCAGCCUGGUGGAACUGGACCUGUCUUACAACAAGCUUACCAGCAUACCCACAGUGCCCGCCACCCUGCAGCACCUCUACCUGGAGGCUAAUGAGAUACAAGAGUUCAACGUGACAAGUUUCUGCAGAGAAGUAGGACCUCUGAGCUACUCCAGAUUGAAGAUCCUACGCCUGGACGGCAACAAGAUAUCUUACCGACAGCUCCCCUCUGAUUGGGUUUUCUGUCUGAGAGUGAUUGAAAGCAUUUACAUUUGA